AUGGCGGCGGACUCUCGAGAUCAAACUUCGCAGGCGGAUCCUUCUACAAAAACGGAGCCAACGACGGCGGACGGAAAGACGAGAUAUGAAAUAUCCAAGUCGCAAGUGGGCAAGCUAUGGGAGGAGCUCGGAAACCCCAGCGAACCGAUCAAUUUAAUGCCUGGUGGCACCUAUAACUCGGCAGGCGGUAAGCCAAAGGAAGUCACGGUUAUGGAUUCACUGAAAUCGUUAUCCCUCGAUAAAUUUACAUCGGUAUACAAAGCCCCUUGCGCGCGAGAUUCUCUUCUAGUGGGAAUAGGUACAGGAUUCGGCAUUGGAGGCAUAAGGGCUAUACUUGGAGGUCUUAAGUCGUUAUGGAGUGCUAGUAACUGGGCUGUUGGUUCUUUUGCGAUUGUGUCGUUGGCUGCACACGAAUACUGCCAAAGACAGAGGGCCAUUGAACGUGAGGGAAUGAGAGAAGCGGCUGAACUCAUGAGGGAACUCAAGCUUAGGAAACAAAAGGAGCGAGACGCUGCCAGGAAACUGCACGAGGAAGAGGAAGCCCGGAAAGCAGAGGAGGCACGCCGGAAGAGCUGGACGAACCUGUCCAAUUAUAAAUUUUGGUAG